AUCAAACAUAAAAAACAACGCUAUCCCCUUGCCGGAAAGAACAAAAAGUGACCGGAAAACGCUAUCGCCUCGCCGUAAAGAGAAAAAACUGACCAAAAAACGCAAUCCUCCAGAAAAUUGCGUCACCGACGAACUCCACUUUGUGAUAAAGCAUCGUAAUCGACAAAAAAGACAUUAAAACGUUGAUUCACAGAUUAAAUUUUGCCAUAAUGAAACUAAAUAAGAGACAGAGUAGGGAAAAGAAGGAAAAAAUAAACAUGGUGCAAAUUGCUGAUGUUGAAACCGUGAACAGUGAUGGUAGAUCAAAAGAAGCAUCACUAGAAAAGACAGAACAAGAUCAUGAGAAUGAAUGUCAUGUUAUUUUUUCUGGAGAUGAUGACUCAUCAAAUGGAAUGAAAAAAUGGAUCAAGGAAUACCGUCAAAGUAAACCAGGGUUGGAGGUAUUGCAAAAUCAAAUCGACCACUUUGUAACUGAUUACGAGCAAAAAAUGGAACAGGAAAGAAAAGCAAAAGAGGCACUUGUUGCAGAAGGAGGAUGGACAGUGGUUCAACACCACAAGGGUAGGAAGAAAACAACUGAUUCUGAAAGUGGGAUUGCUGUGGGUUCAGUUGCUCAAGCUGCUGUGGAGAAUAAAUUGGCCAAAAAGAAACCUCAACUUGGUCUAGAUUUCUAUCGCUUUCAAAAAAGAGAAGCUCUGAGAAAUGAAAUAAUGGAAUUGCAGACCAAAUUUGAGGAAGAUAAAAAACGUCUGCAACAGCUGAGAGCUGCCAGGAAAUUUAGACCUUAUUAAUCAAUGUUGGUAGCAGCCAAUAUUGAUUGUUCUUUUCUUUGAGGAGGAGAUUAUAUUUAUCAAAUUCUGAAGUUGAAUUAUCCUAUAUUUAUCAUACAAUUUUGUGGAAAAUAUUUGUAAAUGUAAAUUUAAUUUCCACAUGGGAGACAGUCCAGCUUGAAGCCUAAAGUCAAGUCAAGGUCACAUGGUGACCAGCCUAGCUACCUAUGUUCUAAUGUACAGUAUUACUCAUAUUCCUGUCUAAAAUAUUUCUCCAUCAACAA